AUGGCGACAGAAAUUAAAACGCGCGGAAGAGUUUGGGAGCAUAAAGAAACCCUCCUGUUGCUUGAAAAGUGGGGAGACGAGAGUAUCGAGCUUAAGCUAAAAUCAUGUACACGAAAAAAGCCUAUAUGGCUACAUAUUGCGGCAAAUCUUCGAGCUGCAGGCUACGAAGACGGAGACGACAGUAGUUGCAAGACACGAAUUCACACUCUGAUAAGCGCGUACAGGAGUUACAAAGACGAAUGCACCAAGACGGGAAAUGCCACACCAAAGAAGAAGCCGGCUUUCUUCGACGAAGUGGACGAGCUGAUGUCGGACAAGCCAUGUACAAAACCAAAGGUGACUAUAAAGUCCGCAACAAUUUCCAUUGAUGGCGACGGUGAUGGAAAAAAAAAACAAAACCAGAAAACGUUGAGCCGAACGCAAAUAAAAAGAGGAAAACCGCGUCUGAUGUCUUUACAAAAUUUGACAAAAUGUGACAAAACGUUUGAGUCCUUUAUGGAGUAUCAGCAAGCGGCUGACAAGAGCUUCAUCGAAGCUGAAGCGGCAAGAGAGAGGCGAGAGGAAGAAAGAGCGGAGAAGCGAAGGGAGGAGGAUCAAAAAUUUCUCCUGAAACUGGCGCAGGGUCUGCAUAACUAGAACCUAGUAAGUACCGGCGUCAGUUUCCAGUUCGGUUUUGUCUUUUUGUGCGAGCCGUUAGAAAAAAAUUAGACCAGCUUAUGAGCGAUUUUAAAACGUGCAUUCCUUGAAAUGAUAUUUCUUGUUUAAUUUGAUGGCAUUAUCGUUAGUUCAUUCGCUGUGAUUCAUUGCUCAAAUGAUUUGGCUCAUAUUUUUAAACGCCUUUUUCAAUACUAUUCAAAUAUCAAGCUUGAGUUUCCUAAGCCUGCU